CCAACCCCGGACCGGACGCCAACCGGUCCAACCAAACAUCACACCGGUUCGAACCGGCCUUUUCCUUCCUUAUAUCAAUCACUCUCCUACAUCCCCCCACUUCAUCAAGCUCCAAUUAUCAACUCUUUCAAAAGGGAGAAGAAAAGGAAAGGAAACAAAACGCACAAAGGAUUAUUAUAGCAAUGGCAGAACAAAACCAAAACCAGACAACUGAAGCUGGAAGGCACCAAGAGGUUGGCCACAAGAGCCUUCUCCAGAGUGAUGCUCUUUACCAGUAUAUUCUGGAGACCAGUGUCUACCCAAGAGAACCUGAAUCCAUGAAAGAACUGAGAGAGUUGACAGCAAAACACCCAUGGAACAUCAUGACAACCUCUGCAGACGAAGGGCAAUUCUUGAACAUGCUCCUUAAGCUCAUCAAUGCCAAGAACACCAUGGAAAUUGGUGUCUACACUGGAUAUUCACUUCUUGCCACCGCUCUCGCUCUUCCUGAAGAUGGAAAGAUCUUGGCCAUGGAUAUUAACAGGGAGAAUUAUGAAUUGGGUUUGCCAGUAAUUAAGAAAGCUGGUGUUGACCACAAAAUUGAAUUCAGAGAAGGUCCUGCUCUCCCAGUUCUUGAUGAAAUGGUUAAAGAUGAGAAGAACCAUGGGAGCUAUGACUUCAUCUUUGUGGACGCAGACAAGGACAACUACCUCAACUACCACAAGAGGUUGAUAGAGCUUGUCAAAGUUGGGGGAGUGAUCGGGUACGACAACACCCUAUGGAACGGCUCUGUGGUGGCACCCCCAGAUGCUCCUCUCAGGAAGUACGUUAGAUACUACAGGGACUUCGUGCUCGAGCUCAACAAGGCACUCGCUGUGGACCCCAGGAUCGAGAUUUGCAUGCUCCCGGUUGGUGAUGGAAUCACUAUAUGCCGUCGGAUCAAGUGAUUCUGAUUUUCUGAUAAUCACACAAUCGUGGACCAAGACCACCGUUGCUUCUUCUGCACCCUAGUGAUGAUUGGUCAUCAUUGAGUGGCACCUGCUAAUGCAUUUAAAAGCAAUCGAUAUUUUCCUUUUAUUUUUUUUUUCUUCAAAAUAUUUGUGUUUGUACUUUUCUUUUCUCUAUUAUUCAUGUGGAAAACGGUGGACAAUUAAUUAUAUGCAAAUGACUUUUUUUCUUAUA